AUGUCCGUCCCUGCACCCCAGCACCACCUGCCUCUGUCUUCCUUGCUACUGCCUCUGCUGCUGGGACUUACAGGAGUGACAGGUGAGGAGGAGCUGCAGGUGACUCAGCCUGAGACGGUGUCGGUCGCAGCUGGAGAGACGGCCAUUCUGCCCUGCACAGUCUCCACUCUGCAACCCUUGGGGCCCACGUACUGGUUCAGGGGUACUGGACCAGAUCGGCAGCUAAUCUACAAUUUCAAAGGAACCCACGAACACUUACCUCUCUACCCCCGAGUAGGAAAUGUGGCAGACAUCACACAAAGAAACAACAUGGAAUUUUCCAUCAGCAUCAGCAACAUCACCCUGGCCGACGCCAACACCUACUAUUGUGUGAAGUUCAUGAAAGGGACCCCUGAUAUGGAGUUUAAGUCUGGUGCUGGGACUCGGCUCACUGUGAGUGCCAAGCCCUCUGCCCCUGUGGUAUUGGGCCCCUCAGCGAGGAUCUCACCUGGGCAGACAGUAAGCUUCACCUGCGAGUCCCAUGGCUUCUCCCCCAGAGAUGUCACCCUGAAGUGGUUCAAAAAUGGGAAUGAGCUCCCAGCCCUCCAGACCGAGGUGGUCCCACUAAAGGACGGUGUGUCCUACAACGUCUCCAGCAAGACCCAGGUGAUGCUGACCCUAGAAGACAUCUACUCACAGGUCAUCUGUGAGGUGGCCCACACUACCUUACAGGCCUCUCUUCGUGGGACAGCCAACUUGUCUGAGACCAUCCGAGUUCCACCUACCUUGGAGACCACCCAACUGACCAUUCCAGGGAACCAGGUGAACAUCAUCAGCCAA